GGGAUUUAUCUGCCAGAUCAGCCAGAAAUUUUAGAAUUUCGAAAAGUCCGUAUUCGAUAACUUGAAUCUGAUGAAUGAUAUUGAUUAAACAUUAAACUUUUUGCCUUCAUUAAUAACUUAUACGUUAGAAAUUUAUCAAACUCAGUAAGUACAAGAUUUCGUUUCAAGAUUAUCUGGGGAUAGACUGGUGAAGUGCAACAUGGCACAUUCGGGAAACGAUGGCGUCAAGGUGGAAGUGGAAUACUGCGGUGGAUGAGGUUACGCCCCCCGUUAUGGGGAACUGGAGAGAAUAAUUAAGGGAAAAGUUCCGAAUGCCUAUGUCACUGGGCGAGUGGGACGAUCAACAUCCUUCGAAAUUGUUGUUAACGGACAGUUGGUCUUCUCCAAAUUGGAGCGUGGCGGAUGGCCGGACUUUAAUGAGAUUGCAGAGAUCGUGCGCAAUGUCAGCGCCGGAGGUAAGCCGACGCAGGCGGAGAAGUCGCACUCCAGCUGCACGAUCCUGUAAAGGAAUGUUAGUAACAUCGGUUUCACGAUCGGAUGCGUUGUUUGUGCUGUGAAACGGUUUCGGAAGUUCCCAAUGAAGCGCUUGUGAAAACCCGCAAAACGGAUCAUUAGCGUGGAUGCUUGAACCGAUGGAAUGCAGUUCACAGUGUGAAUGCGCAUUUGAUUUUGCUUUUUUAGGUUUUGUUGCUUACAUGCUUCCAUUACUUUUACAUACAGUUAGUUACAGUACUUUGCAAUCAGAUACUGUAACAAUUUGACGUCAUUUAGCCGUGUCGCCCUUUGAUUAUUGGCACUCCCAUUCUUUCUUCGCGCUUUUAGUGUGCAGUUUUUGUCGUUCCUUAUGCCGUAGUACUUUUCAUUAAACUUGCAUGCAAAUAAAUUACGUUCAACUGAUCCUUUUCCAAUUAACAUAAGAUCCAAAAACAAAUUUGCUCCGCAUA